AUGACCUCCUUCUCCAGCCGCGGCAGCUUGUCCUCCAUGAGGAGCUCCAACGUGAUGGCGCCCUCCUCCUCCCGUCGGCUCGUGAGCUCGGGGGCCGGCGUGUAGGGAGGAGCUGGAGGGUCCGGAGUCCGUGUCUCCAAGACCUCCUUCUCCUCCUGCCCCACCGGCGGUUCCUUCAACCUGUCCGACGCCGUCGACGUGUCCGACAACAAGAAGGUGGCCAUGCAGAACCUGAACCUGGCCUCCUACCUGAACAAGGUGCGCAGCCUGGAGACCGCCAACGGGGCGCUGGAGCUAAAGAUCAGGCAGUUCCUGGAGAGCAAGACCAGACCCGAGGGUCACGACUGCACCGCGUUCCGGGUCUCUAUCAAAGACCUGCAGGACCAGGUGAGGACCGGUUCUGCCGAGCUGAACAAAGAGGUUUCUGUGAGCACGGAGACCCUGCAGACGUCCAAGACCGAGUUUGGAGAGGUCAGACGGACCCUUCAUCUGGAGAUCAAACUGCAGGCUCAGAUGAGCAAGAAAGGAGCCCUGGAGGCAUCUCUCGCUGAGACCAGGAGCCGCUACGCCAACAUGCUGAGGGGCUACCAGAGGCAGGUGGGGAAUCUGGAGGAGCAGCUGGCCCAGCUGAGGACCGACCUGGAGAACCAGAAGCUCAUGUACGCCGACCUGCUGGACAUCAAGACCCGGCUGGAGCUGGAGAUCGCCGAGUACCAGAGGCUGCUGGACGGGGAGAGCUCCACCAGCAUGACCACUAGGGUGGUGACCAUCAUGCAGGAAGUGGACGAACAUGGAAACGUGAUCAGCAGCAGUUAG